UUUAUCCCAAUGCUCAACCCAGAGAAUCCUGCAAACCCAAAAUAGAGUACCACAAGCAGCCAGUGCCCAUGGAAGGCAUUUCAACUGCCAGAAGAGAUUAUGUCCCUCAUCAAGUGUUCCCUAUAAAACAGAAACCUCAUGAUAAGUAUGUCAGGAAAGAUGAAAAUAUGGACCUGUUGUCCACAUAUAAACAAGACUACAACCCUUACCCUAUUUCUCGAGUGGCUCCUUGCCGGCCCCAGGAACAAAACUAUUCCUCCGAUGAGAAGAUGACCACAAUACCGACAUACAAAAAUGAUUAUUUGGCAUGGAAUCAGCCCAAAAGGGAUAUGAUUAAGCCAGAAAAUGCUUACCAUCCAUCAGAUCAAAAAUUUGACCACAGGACCACUAACCAGGAUGAUUAUCUUUACAAGGGGCCAGUUAUUACCAAAAGCUGCAAGCCUUAUAAGGCACCUCACCUCACAAACAUACCCUUGGAAGGCAUGACCAAUUACAAGUUGAAUUAUGUGGCCCAUCCCAUGCCAAAUCGCCAUGUCAACAAACCUGAGCCGUUCAAGCCUAGCGAUGUCCCAUUUGAAGGUCUCACCACCCACAAGCUGUCUUACAAAGGAUUGGCAGGGCAGCCGGCAAAGUCAGUCAAACCACCCUAUCAUAGGCCAGAUCUGGACAACUUUACUGGGACGACUGAAGUUCGGGAGAAGUACCUAGCUUGGCCAAUGCCUGCUCCCUUCAUCAGAAAACGGGAGGUGUACACACCACCUAAGGAGAAGAUGGACCUUCAGACAUGUGCACAAAUUCAUUAUGGAGACCCUCAUGGGCACCCAGCCACAUCAUGUAAACCAUUGGUUCGUGUCCCAGAGAACACAGGGCCUUUGGACUACCGCACCACUAUGAGGGAUGAUUACAAGCCUUGGAAAUGCACGAGACCCAAUGCCGUUUGUCCUCGACAAGAGCUCACUUUGCCGGCUGUGCCCAUGGACACUUUGACUACUUUUCAGAGCCAUUAUGUGCCCCAUCCACUUCCUCUCACUAAGAGCUUUAAGCCCCGUUGGCCAGCAGCUAGACCUCGUGUACCAUUUGCCGAGGAAACCACCUAUGCCACAAGCUACACGCCAAAGGAAAUUCACAUAUGUCCUGCCUCUUUCAAAGAUCCACCUGGCUACGUAUUUGACAAAAUUGAUGAAGGCGGGCACAAGAGGUUCCGACCUGCUACCGUGGCCCAGUCCCGACGCACAUCAAGUUCAAAGAUUGCAGAUCGGAGAGGCAGUCCUUCUGGUGGCAGCUUGAGCCAAGCAGGCUUCAAAGGGAUAGCAUUAAAAGCCUGAUGUUUAUCAACCUGCUUUCAAAGAGAUUGCUGAUUUUAUUCCAUAAUGAAGGCUAUCAAUGUAAUGCCUGCUUCUCUGGGACUGAGAACUUCUGGUAGAGUUGAAUAAAUAACACUUAUAGGAGAGUCAAAUGAAGCUCUCCUCCCUUGGCAGCAUUAUGAAGUAUUAUU